UCUUUUAAGCUUUGCAUUACUACUUACAGGCUUCGGAAUAUCUUCAAAUAAGAGGACUGAUUGACCUAGCCUACCAGACUAUUGCUAGUAAGAUAAAGGGGAAAUCUCCAUGUGAAAUUUGUAAUAUCUUCAACAUCAAGAGUGUCUUUCCUCCGGAAUUAGAUGGAGAAACGAUAGCAAAGCGAUUGCAAGAUUGCACAACAUGUUCCAGUGACAAGGUAUGUUCCUUGAUCGAUCCACUCUUUUGACGAAAUGCAAUUUUAUCACUAUGGAGUCAUUUAUCUUACGACUUGUUUCAUUGUGACAUCAGUAACAAAAUCCUAUGGUCAUCUUCUACACUUAUUCUAUUGUUGCUUUGGCGGAUUAACAACAAAAUCUUACCCUCGUGUUGUGGACAAGCAGGAGUUGCCAUGCAGUGAGACCCCAUGUUUAAUUCAAGAGCUCGAAUUUGAGGAAAAGGCUUUGCAGGCUCUUGACAUAGUUCAUUGUCAAGAGUUUACGGGAUACGACCCUAAGGUCAACACUUACACCCGUAUCUGAUUCGACAUAUUCAACCUAGCCUUCUUUGACCUUGACAAAGAGUGUGAGUAUUUUCAUUAUUGUUUCAUUCAUUAAUCUUCUUUAGGUACCCAUUUGAUGUGCAUACAUGGGUUUUGAUUUGUGAUUGUGGCCUCUAUCCACAGCUGAAUUUUAUCGUGGUCCGCGGCUUAACAUGAUACCUUCACCAAUACGUGACUCCAUUGUAGGAUCGUGUGUAAAUGUCAUUACCUUGAAGGUAAAGGAAUCGGAAGUUGGCUUCCCGAUAAAUUUUUUUGGUACCGUUGUAGCAAGAGACCAGGUAGACUAUAGAUGUGUUUAUCUCUUCAGGCGUGAAAGGGAUGAUCCCCAACUCAUCACCUCGGCGGUAUGUACCUGUGCCUCCAAUCUUUUCCUAUGCUUAUGUAUGGCUCCAAAACACAUGGAAAGGUUAUUUUGGUUGAAUUUUCUUUUUGCGGGAUGGCAAGUUAACUUCGAUGGAUCCAUGCCGAGGGCUUGUUCCGGCGGACAGAAUAUAUUUUGAGAUGAAUUUAAAGAUACUCCAUGAUGAAGGUGAGGUUGAAGAUUUCAGCAAGGGUGUAAUCGUUUUCAACAGGGCCCGCCUCCCUAAUGAUAAGCAGACCGUGGGUGUUAGUCUAAAUAGCUAUCUGAGUAGGGUGGAGGUGAGAUGUGUGUAUUUUGCAUAUCCCAUUGAAGCUACCAUAAAAGUCAAUAUCUUGAAGGGACCGUGUAGUGUCUCAAGAGUUGCCGCCUGGACUACCAAGAAUUAUGAGUAUAGUAUGGAUCUUUACAACGGUGGUGAAGCAGCAGCAGAGAUUGAGGCAGAAGGGACCGUUCCCUUGAGUCGUCGCGUUGUAGCUGUCCCACUUGGUAGAAAGUUGGUGCUCCUUGUCACCGGUCGUAGCGUUGGUGAUGUUUUUGAUAAAAACAUCAUCGCACCUUUAGGACGAUCAACUGAGUUGAUGCAUUAUAAAUUAGGCUCCGCACUUGUGGAGGUGAAACUUGUCUGGACAGCUCUUCCCAGACGCGAGAGAGAAGAUAUGAUCAAGGAUGUGGGAGACGAGAGCCUUUUGAUGUGA